AUGCCAACUAGGAAGAUGACAGUUCGGAGAGGGCGGGUUGUGCCUGCGUCACAUUACCUGUCAUUGACUGGCUCUAAGUUUGGGCUCAAUCAAUUCGUUGACGAUGCGCGAACAAAUGGCACAAGGAGCAAGAGUCCCUUCGAGUGGUGGAAUACGAUCAAGGAGAAGAGAAGGUCACAUCAUGACGAUCUAUCGCAGUUCGAGACCAGCCCAGACAGCAAAGCUCGAAUGAAUGCUGCCUAUGGACACGAGCCGGCCUCGCCCAUCAGUCCCACUACAGAGAAAGCACCUGCAGCCAGUGUGGAGGAGGUCACGAAUACUUCUGCAACCAUCGAACGGCCUGCGAGAGUUGCUUCUUUCUCACGACCAUUCAAUCCAAUUCAAGAAAAUCCUGACUCGCCUAGCUGGAACAAACAAGCUCAUGGACGGAAUUUGUCCAUGAUCAAGGAAGCAGCAUCACCUCACAAUUCGGCGAAAGUACCCGCAGGGAGCGACGACCCAGUGAUCAUUCCACAAGUCCUAGACGCCCGAGCAUCCCACGGCCUCAGCAGGAUCCUUACCCAACACAGAGCUACGGACCGCACCAAAGUCAGAAGCAUGGGCCACCGCAUGGUCAAAAUUACGGACCACAACAAGGCGCUUACUCUGGUCAAAGUCACGGCACAAACCGAAGCAGGCCCGGCAGUUCGCGGAGGUCAACCGACACACGCUCGGAUGGCCAACGAAGCGGGACAUCUAGACGGAGCAGUGAUUCACGGCCUAGCGGUCACCGACAACCAGGCUCUCGGCGACAGAGUGAUUCCCGUUCUGACGCGUAUCGUUCACAUUCUUCCUCUACCAGGCCGAGUCCCUCAAAUUCCAGGCGGACCAGCGACCGGUCUAGCUCGUCAAUGCGCCGAGAUGCACGCCCACCGCCGAUUGAAUUCACCGUCUCUUGGCGAAGAGACGGCGGCUGCCAACAACAGCUCGUCCGCUCUUUCGAAACGCAGUUCCGUCGCUUCUCGCUCGGAAAGUUUGGCCGAUCGAGAAUAUGCCGAGCUACAGAGACGCAACUCUCGGCCAAAGUCGUUGGUCCUUGACGAGACUGCUCAACCUCAGGAUGCGGGCUACUGGGCGUCGAGAGCAGAGAUGAUGCCGACUGAGCACCCAACCCAGCCUACGACACCCACAACACCUACCGGGCCGUCAAGAAAUCCUUCUCGCAAUUCUUCUAUCGGCCGUCCGAGUAGCAGGAAAGGCAACGUCCUCAGAAAGAAGAGCAUCAAGCGACAGGAGGUUAUUUCUUAUGUUGGCGCGUGA